AUGCCAGACACUAUCACCUUCGUUAUAUGUUCAGCACACAGAGAUGCUUCCAUGCCACACUUUGUCACAGCAGGCCGCGGCGUCGUCUACUCCCGGAUCGCGCAUGCGCAGAAGACGCAUCUAAACACUGUCACAACCACACUUUAUCACGCGACACUGAUAAGCAAGUUCACUAAUUCCAAGCGGGUCAGGCGUCACGGCUCACUUCUUUCCUGGUCACCAAGCAAGAUGGAAGCAACAACUCCUACUCGCUCUCGGUCCAAGAAGAGGAGACGCUCUGCACCUGUCACGACUCUGGAUGACUUUGAUAAAUGUGUCAUAAGAAGAACGGUCUUGGCCUUUUAUGAGACGCAUGAAGUCCUGACUCUACAAAAGAUUAUAGAAGAUAUUAAGGAAAACAUUUCUUUCAGUGGCGGCAUAUCCUCCCUGCAUAAGAUUUUGAAGGAGAUUGGCUUUAAAUAUGCCAAAGUUGAUGGCCGCAAAUUCCUUAUGGAGAGGAGUGAUGUGGCAGCAGCUCGCACUACGUUCUUGCGAUACAUAAAAAAAGUUAAGCAGGCCUCCCAGAACAUCGUAUACCUAGAUGAAACAUGGGUGAACCAAAAUUACACAGUUUCAAACUGUUGGAUUGAUACAACGUCAUCCAAAGCCACUGGAGUACGACAGCCAACUGGAAAAUGUAGCCGUUUGAUCAUACUUCAUGCUGGCACUAAAAAUGGCUUUGUGAAUAACACCGACUUGGUAUUUCAAGCAAAAAAUGACGGAGACUAUCACAAGCAAAUGAAUUCGACCCUAUUUGAGGAGUGGUUUAGAAAGCAGCUGCUCCCAAACAUAUCACCAAACUCGGUGAUCGUAAUGGAUAAUGCUUCUUAUCAUUCCGUUAAACUUGAAAGAAGGCCUGCAACGUCCUGGAGAAAAUCUGAUUUAUUGGAGUGGCUGAUAAAGAAGGGAGUCCAGCCCCAAGAAAACUCUUCCAAAGCACAGCUGCAAGAGCUUGCGAAGAAAGUGGAUGUCACCACGACAUACGUAAUCGAUAAGAUUGCGGAAGAGGCGGGGCAUCGCGUUUUGAGGUUGCCGCCAUAUCAUUGCCAAUAUAACCCGAUUGAGCUCAUUUGGGCACAAGUGAAGGCUUAUGUAGCCAAGAAGAACCCUUUCAAAAUGGCUAAUCUGAAAGAUCUCGUGGCAGAAGCACUGAGUGUCAUCACACCACAAAAUUGGAUGGAAGCAGUGCGACAUGCUGAAAAAAUACAAGAUGAAGACAUCGCAGCCAGAGCCCCAGACAUCACAGAAUGA